AUGACGACUCUACUGGCUUCUUCGAAACUUUUUCACUAUGCAGCGAGUAAUUGCUUAAGGAGAGUAGGACCGAUUGCGAUUACCAAGCAACUAUAUCCCGCAUUAAGAUUAUGGGAAACACCAGUAGCAGAAUAUCGCAAAAUACCAAUAAGGAAAAAAUAUCUUACUCUACCGCAAAUAAAGCCAUGGAUGAUGAAUUCUGAGGAAUGUGCAAGAGAAAUACAGGAAUGGAACGAGGAAAAGGAACAAAUAUGCACUGAUGUGACAAAUGAGAUCAACAACCAAAUUGCGACGAACAGGACCGGCCGUUUGUUCGCGGUCAUACAAUUAUUGGGGAAGCAAUUCAAGGUGACUGAGAACGACAUUAUAAUCCUCGAGGGAUUCUGGCCGCCGAAUAUAGGCGAACACUUGAAGCUGGAGAAGGUGCUGCUCGUUGGAAGCACCGAUUUCACUCUCGUGGGCAGACCGAUCCUCAACAGAGAAUUGGUCACGGUCAAUGCAUUAGUCAUCGAGAAGACUCUGUCUCACACGAAGACUCGCUUUAGAUUCCUGAAGAGGAAACGGUAUCGCCGUAUAAACUUUUACAGAAUGCAGCAUACGAUGCUGCGAAUCAAGUCCAUAAAGAUCAACAGUAACAUUGAUGAGAAGAAAGAAGUGGAAGGAUUAGAUAGGGUGUAUUAAAAGUGUACAAAUACAUAUACCAAUAAGAAGCAAAUGCGGACGUGUGUCGUCUACUAUGUCGAAGAGAAACGUGAAACUCGUUUAGUUGAUAUUAGAUGACGAUUUAUAUUC